AUGGCGGAUGCGGCCAUGUCUCCACCCAGCGAAGGUGAGGUGAAGAUGGAGAUCGAUCAGGCCGAUAGCAGACCUGCCCUUACCCCACCCACGAGCGAGAAUACUGAUAAAAAGGACGACGAAUCUGGAUCAGAGCUAUCUGAUCUGGAGCCGGAAGAACCUUUAGAGGAACAUCCUGUUCAACCGAAGGUAGAGGAUGAGGAAGAGAUUGUUCCGGACCACUACUAUGAUGGUGGGAAAGUGCCCGUUUUCAAGCCUACUAUGAACCAAUUCCGCAGUUUCAAAGAAUUCAUCCAGAAGAUCGACAAGUAUGGCAUGAAGUCAGGCAUUGUCAAGGUCAUUCCCCCUAAAGAAUGGCGCGAUUCUCUCCCUUCACUCGACGAACAAGUCAAGACCAUCAAAGUCAAGAAUCCUAUUACACAGGAAUUCCAUGGUACCCACGGCACUUAUACACAAGCCAACAUAGAGAAACAGCGUUCGUACAACCUGCCGCAAUGGAAAGCCUUGACCGAAGAGAGCAGUCAUCAGCCACCAGCGAAGCGAGGCGAGCGUCGGCGUAACCAGGAAAAGCCUAUCAGAGCGCCUCCUGCACGAGUGCGAAAUCCUCCUGGUACAAAUACGGGCCCAAAGAAAAGGGGGCCUGGUCGUCCUAGGAUCCGUCCGUUGGCGGCUACUGUUGAAGAGAAUGAAAAGGAGGCCGCUCAAGACGCAAAUGGCAGUAGAGUAGAGACACCGCUCACGCCCGUUUCGCCACCACUGAAGCCAAAGAAAAUGAAGAAAGAACAGUUCAGUGACGACGAAACACCCAAGUCUAAAGGCCGUCAACCAAAGUCCGGUCAAUCAAAAUCGGUUUCGUCUAGGAGACAACAUAACCGUCGAGAUCAAGCAGAUGUGGUAGACGAGGAGGCUUUCCAAGACUUUGAUUAUCGCGUCUACAACCAGGGAGAAUGGACCACGGAGCGCAUACAGGAGCUUGAAACAGCAUACUGGAAGAGCUUGAAUUUUAGUAAUCCGUUGUACGGUGCCGAUAUGCCAGGAUCUCUUUUCGACGACUCAACCAAGGAGUGGAAUGUCGCAAAGCUUGAAAACCUUUUGGACGUUCUGGGUCAAUCGGUGCCCGGUGUUAACACGGCGUACCUUUACCUGGGUAUGUGGAAGGCUUCUUUUGCUUGGCAUUUGGAAGAUGUGGAUCUCUACAGUAUCAACUACAUUCAUUUUGGGGCUCCAAAGCAGUGGUACAGUAUCUCACAAGCAGAUGCGCGGAAGUUUGAAACAACCAUGCGAUCAAUCUGGCCAAACGAUGCAAAGAACUGCGAUCAGUUCCUCCGCCACAAGACCUACCUCAUUUCGCCUCAACUUCUCGAAUCGCAGCACAAGAUCAAGGUCAACCGCCUUGUCCACAACGAAGGAGAGUUCGUCAUCACUUUCCCGUAUGGCUAUCAUUCGGGCUACAAUCUCGGCUACAAUUGCGCUGAAUCUGUCAAUUUUGCUACUGAGGCUUGGUUGGAUUACGGCAAAGUCGCGAGAAAGUGCAAUUGUGAAGCUGACAGUGUCUGGGUUGAUGUUCGAGAUAUCGAGCGAAAGCUUCGUGGUGAGCCCACUCCCGAGUACUACGAAGAGACUGAAGACGAGGAAGACGACGAGGAUGAUGAGCCUACUGAUCUGCCUACACCUCCGAGCAGCGACAAGGGCAAACCCAAACGAAGUCACAAGAGAAAGAGGGACGCCAACGAGAAAGACACCAAGCCAAAGAUCAAGAAGUUACGAAUUAAGAUGAAAGCGCCUGCAUAUGAGCCUUGCACACUGUGUCCGAACGAUAACUCUUAUGAAGAGCUGCUGCCGACUGACAAUGGCCACAAAGCUCAUCGGCGUUGUGGUCUUUAUACUCCCGAGACCUACAUAUCCGAGGAAGGAGGGUGUGAAAAGAUCUGCGAUGUCGCUCACAUUGAUAAAGCUCGCUUGGAACUGAAAUGCAACCACUGUCGCAGCAAAAAGGGGGCUGUCUUCCAGUGCUCCCAGAAGAAGUGUGUUCGAGCGUUUCACGCAACGUGCGCAGCUCAAGCCGGAGUGCUCGUCGACAUCGGUCUCGUGCCAGUGUACGGAGAGGACGGGACCGAGUACACGGACACUGGGAUUGACUUCCGAUGUCGCAUCCACCGAGGCAGAAGAGGGAAGAAUGUUGAAGGUGCUCAUCUUGAGGAGAAUACUUUGAUAAGGAAGACUGCACUCAAGCUUCCCGUUGGAGAAGUGGUCCAGAUGCAGUAUCUUCACGGAGACAUCUUCGCUGGUGUUGUCUUGGAAAAUCGGAAAAGCGAGCAGACGCUGUUGAUCCACGUUCUGCCAAGGGGGGACAAGAUCGAGGUCGAAUACAAGUGGCUGCUUGUCUUUGAUCCCAUCAACUCUCAGCUGCCAAUGCCUUCUGAAAAUGCCAAGCCUCUGCCCGCUGAGCUGGCCCGCAAAUCUCGAACUACUGCCGAAGAUCCUGCGAACAACGACGAUCCUAAACCAAACGAUCCUUUCGGUGACCCUGAUAGCAAUUUCCGCUGGGAGGAGUUCGACUCUUGCAAAGCCUUCCGGAACCCGGCUCAGGUAAAGAUCGACAUUGACAAGCCGAGCAAGCUGUGGUACUAUCUUGGCAAAUCAUCUACUGAAGCAAAAGCCCAUUACACUGCACAUUUAGCCAUCCAGCAGAACGACCCGACUGCGAAUUUCCUGGAGAGCGUCAGGAUUGCCUCAGUAGCCGCUGCAGCUGCGAAGCCACCUGCCCAGCGAGUACCUUACUCAGCUUCGUACCCAUCUGGUAUCAAUCAUCAAAAUGCCCUAAACGCUCCCCGUACUGGCGCCAACGUCCAUGUGCCACAGGUCAAGCCACAGCCCAAGGCCGCGGCAACCCAGUAUACGAAGCCAGCAGCCACCAAGGAACGGCCAUACCACGGCAAAUAUGCUAUCACGGAUCCAAUAGCUGCUCAGUACAAGCCUAAACCCGGUGUCAAUGUCGACGCGCAAGCAUUGUACAACCAGCGUGCAUUCCAAAACGCAGCGGCUUCCCAGCUUCCGCAACAGUACCACAGCCAUCAAAAUCCUGGCUAUCGAGCUCCACAAGCAUCCAUGGGAGCUGCAGCUCCUACAGCACCCAUGAUGUCUGGACAGCCCCAAGCGCCUCAAGAUCCCAGGAGUCGAACUAAGUACAGUUAUAACUACAACCGAACUGCUAUGCCGUGCCAGCAAGCCCAGGCUCGGCCGCAAUAUUCUCAAGAGCAGCACAGUCAGCCGCUGCAUACGCCUCAGCCUGCACCAUACUCUCGGCCUCAAGCUCCCGUUGCCAACAUGAUGGGCGUCCCUUUUACGACUACCACUCCUAUUGCUAACCAGCACACCUUCAGUAGACCGUCAUCGGCUCAGCGACGCCCAUCAUCAGUAUCCAGUGCCCCCGAAAAAUCUAUCGUAUUGACAGCGCUAGUACCAGAGACGAAGAAAAUUUCUCGCAUUAAUGUCUCAGAGAGGUAUACUUAUCUUCACGAUGCGGAGAAGGCUCGUCCCCAAGUUUAUCAGUCACCAUACGCUCUUGGAGGGGGCUUCAGUUCUGCUUAUCUACCAGCUCCGGCCGCUGCACCCAAGACCCGACCAAGAGGCCCUAGUAUCAGUGAAGAGUACCUCAUGACGCGUACACCAAGCCAGCAAGAGCAAAUCAGCCAGAACUCCAUGGAAGCUAAGGUCAAGGCCCAACAAUACCAGCAUCAACAGCAAUUGCAGCGUGGCCAGAGCAUAAGCCAAAUCCAGACACAAGGCCAAAGUCAUAGUCGCAGCAACAGUAUCAAACAAGAAUAUCAACAGCCUCAGCACGUGCAGAUGUCAGCUAUUCAGCAACCUCAGCCAUCUUACCACCACCCUUCGCCCCAAGCGUACCGCAAUUUUCAUACGAACCCCCAAUCCUACCAGCAAUACAACCAUUACUCACCCUCCUAUGCUGCCAGCUCACUUCAUCAUCAGCCACAACCUCAUCAGUAUCAUCAGUCCGAUCAUCAGCCUUAUCAUCAUCAUCAAUCUCCGAAUUAUCCGACCCACUACCAACAGCCACAGACGUAUCAAGCGAACCACAGUCAGCAACAAGCGCAGUAUCAAUCCCCACAAGACUUCCAACUGCAACUCCAACGCGAAGCCCAGCAUUCUCCGCAAGGCGGAUGGUUGGACCAAUUCUCACGCGGCCUCCAGAACGCAGCUAACCACGGCGGUAGCCAAGGAGUACCCGUAUACAGCGGCGCAAGUAGCUAUGGCGGCAUAGGCUAUAGCAGUGGUGAAGGUGGCCAAGGCAGUCCGCUGAAGUACGAAAUGGGCGGAGCUGGCACGGAAAUGCUGCCUAUGAUGCGAGAGGGAGGGAGGUACUGA